AUGCCAGAGCUGCAGCCAGGGUUUGGACACCGCUUCCCCGAAGAUUGUUUCGAGUGCACCAGCGAGGCUGCUGAAGAGUAUAUCGACGUUGGCCUGCGCUUCGUGUCGGAGGUGGUCCACGGCGUGGGCUACCUCCCAGGCGAAGGUCCUCGUGAGUGGGACGGUGUUAUCGAGGCGUCGCUGCAACUGAUGUGGGACUACCUUGAGAACCAGCGUGCCAUCCCCAGCUGGCGGAACGGCAGUGUGCCGGCCGGGCUUCUCCGGGUCCGAUUUAUUGAGGACGCAGCUGAUCUGCCCCAGCUAUCUGACCGUCAUUAUAGUGAUACCAUCGUGUACUCCCCGGAAGGCGAGCUGUCUUGGUGUGUUCCUGUCCACCGAGGUGACGGCCCUUUCUAA